ACUAUUUAAUUGAGUGCUGACUUGUCAAACUUAGUCAUUGAUGCUUACCAGUAGCUGCCUAACCCCUAACUGAUUUUUUCCUCCCUUUCUCCUCCCUUGGACGAGGUCCCUACAAUGAAGAUGUUGCUGAACCUGAUUGCUCUGCUUUCUGCUGCCUUCUUAGGCAACGCAGCCCCUCCAACUUGUUACUCGAGGCUGUUGUCUCUGAGCAAAGAAAUUACAGAAUAUUUUAAGGAGUUACAGACCUCCAAAGCUGAGGAUUCAUGUGUGGAGAUGCUGCCCAGGCUGUAUUUGGACAUACAUAAUUACUGUGUGUUGGCAAAACUUCGUGAAUUUGUGGCUUAUCCUAGAUGUGAGAGAGUGCCUGAAGUGAGUGAGCUGAAGGAAAAAGCCCGGAGCCUCUACACCAUCAUGAUCUCCUACUGCAGGAGGGAUUUGGUGUUCCUCACUGAUGACUGUAACGCCUUGGAAAACCCUAUUCCUCCUCCCAUUGAGCCUUCCAUCGAGAGCUAAAAGGGAGUCAAACCAAAAAUUGUAUCUGGGAAAUUUUCAAGGAGACCAAGAGUCAAGAUAUGCAUAUGCAGUCAAAUACAAUGUUAACAAAUAAGUUCUUUUUCAAACACUUUAGCAGUAGUAUCACAGACCUACCCAUUUUCCUCACCCUUGGCAGGAAAUGAACUGCAUGCCUUGCAUACCUACUGAGCUGCUAGGGACACUACUGUUAGAGAGCAUUUUUUUCAUUUGGCAAGGUAUGAUAUUUCAGCUUAGCCAGAUGUAUAAGAUAUGUUUUGUUUAAACAUUAGAUACUAGACUUUUUUUUUUUACUCUAUUAUGAACUAGAUUCCCAUGAAGAAAAUACAUUAUGAUCAAUAUUCUAUCCUGACUUAGCAGUUCUACUUUUAUUAGAUGGGCUUGGAAGGUACUGCAUUUGUUUUUCUUAAAGCGUUUGGCAGAAAUGUAACUUCGCUGGCAAAUGUCUCGUUACCUAUAUAGCUCAUAUGUGCAUGCUGAUAGUUUUUGAAGCCAGAGAUGUAAGAACAGAGGUGAAAGUAACCUGUCUCAUUGGAAAACUAAAUAAAAACAUCCUUCCUAACCCAGGAUGUUUGUGUUACAUCAUGUCUUUCAAGAUCAGCUCCAAAGGUGUCAUUCUUAUAAAGUUACUUUUCACAGUUGCUUGCAGGUUGUUUUUCACAGCAUAAGCCACCUUUAGAUUUGUUUCCAUAGCAAUGCAAAGUUUGCUGUGUCUGCAUGAUUUGAAAAUGUGUUUCUACUGAAAUAAAUUCUU